GUGCCCUUUACAAUAGCUCUUUCCUUUUGUGCCCCCCUCCCCACCGUUACAUCCAUAGUACUCUCUUCCUAACUCAACAAAGGGUACGCUUUUCCGUUUCGUAACAGCAGAUGUUAUUUUUUUUUUCUUUCUUUAUAAUGUCACUUUUUUUUUCCAUCGUGUCAAGCACAUUCUAUGGAAUAGUUAAGAUCAGAUUUAGUCGUAUCGCAAUACAGUGUAGUGAAGCCGUUAGUAGCGGUCGCAUUUGCUAGCUGGCAUCAUGUGAAGAUGACAACAUGCUGCAGGCUUGUGGAUGCCGUGCAGGCAGUCGAUAUGGAUCGAUUUCUAUGUUUUAUUCUAGCAGUAUGUGGGUAGAUUGUACAACAUUUAUUGUGAGGAUGAGUGAGAGAAAUGCAGAUUCGUGCCCAAUUUUUAUCCUGAAAAAAUCAUGAGAAUAAAACCCAUUUCACAUUUCGCUGAUGGAGAUCCAACGAAUUCUUUCUUGGCGAUGGCCCAGGAUGGUCCUCAUCUAUCCAACUUCUGCACAGACAACUGGACUUGGAGUAAAAAAGAUAAAUCCCAUGAAGUGAAAUUGCAUGGAGAGGAUUUAAAGAUUGCUCACUUUCAUCCCAACUGGAGCAAUGGAACUGCUGGUGUACGAGGUACCCGAGUUCUUAAUAGAGGCCGUUAUUACUGGGAAAUCGAAGUUAGUCAAAGGAUAUUUGGUACCAGCAUGAUGUUUGGUAUCAGCACCAAGAAGUCACGGCUACACGCCAACGCCUUUGUCAAUAUGCUUGGAGAAGACGAACACGGAUGGGGAUUAUCCCAUAAAGGAUUGCUCUGGCACAAUGGCAAGUGGAGACAAUACGCAAAACCCUUCCGCGAAAACGAGGCCACCAUAAUUGGAUUAUUUUUCGACGGAAUUAAAGGCACACUUUCUUACUACAAAGACGGUUGCCACCUUGGGGUGGCAUUCAGAGAUCUCCAUCUGGUACAGGAUGAGAUUUAUCCCGUCGUGUGCUCCACAGCGGCGAAAACAGAGAUGGCCUUGGGCGUCACAAAGCGAGAAUUUAGCAACUUGCAAGAUCGGUGUCGAAGUACCAUUCUGGCCUUGCUAAAGCAAAUCAAUGAUGUGAACGAACUGUCUUUGCCAAAUCUUCUAAAGGAAUAUGUCACGGAUGGUACGGACAUCAAAGAACGUAGUGAAAAGCCAAAAAGUGCUGUCAAACGAAAUUAUUACAUGAGAUCCAGCAGUUGUGGUAGGAUAAAUGGGUUUAAAAGCCACUCAUACCUGGAGCCAAAUCGGAAACAUUUUAUAUAAAUUAAUUUAAUAAACAAAAAUGGAAAAACUUAAUAAUUUAGUAAUAUGGAAAUUGAUAAAAUAUUUGAAAAAAAUUAAUUAAUCCAUAAAUUAGUCAUUUUUCAAAUGUAAAUAUGGUAUGUAAAUUAAGGAAAAGGUAAAGAGUUUUUAUAUGGAGGGUUUAUUUGAGCUGUCAAAGAAAAUAAAUAGCACUGGCAUCACUAACAUGAGAGACAUUUGAACAAAUGGGAUAUAUUUAAAGCAAAACUGUGUUAACAAUUUUUCUUUGUAUAUUUAAUUAGUAUCUGUAAAUAUAUUUAAGUGCAUAUACGAUAUAUGUAACUAGAACUUGCAGAUAUCAUUAUUAAUAUUUAUCUUGCAGCUUAAAAUAUUAUUAUAAGUAUGCAAGUAUCAUUAUUUAUGCUUUAAACUAAACAGCAUUUUCAUUCCAACAGCACUUGAUGUAAGAAGUAUAUGAAAUAUAAUUGAUAACAUGUGCAGUCAUAAUAGCACUAUACUUAGAAUAUUACAUAAAAGAAGAGCUGUAAAAGGUGCUUUGUAACUAUUUAGAGGGAGUAUUAUUUACCCCUUCAAAGGGACAAAUUUCAUUUUUCAUGCAAGUCAUGCUUGCAGUCAGCUUUCUCUUUGAUCUCAGCUACCUCAUCGCUAUCAUAAAUCAAAGGACAAUAAAACUGAUGAGAAGUAGAUAUCAAAGUUGUCCCUUUCUGUAAAAUUUAAUUGUAGGGUUGAAUCACAAAUAUCUAAACAAGAUACAUAUAUGUAGAUAAAAUAUACCAUUAUAUAGGUAAAAACUAAUGUCGAUAUAAUUUAUUUUUUAAAUGUAGUCAAAGUUCAAAAUUGCUUAAUCUUUUUUUUUUUUUUCCCAUUUAGAAUUAGAUUUAGAAUUUAGAUUUUCUUUCAUAUUUUUCUUCAUGUGAAUUUUUUCUUAUGUAAUGUUAAAUGCGGUUAAUAAUUAUGAGAUGUGGCUUUAAAUAAUACGAAGUGUUUUCUUUUAACAAAAUACAAAAAAUAAAAAAUUCGAAUUAAAAAAAUUUGUGGAUUAUUUACAAUAAAGAUUCUUAAAUUUUAUAUUUAAUGUCUCUUGUGCAAAAAAAAAAAAAAAAAAAAAAAAAAAAAAUUAAUGGGAAAAUUUUUUAUAUUUUUUUCUUCUUCUAUUAGAUUCUUUAACAUUUCUAAACAAAAUUUAUUAAGGAAGGAGAUUUAAUAUGAAAAGUUUUCACGAAAUUAUCCAAAUAAUAAUUUUUGAAUCAUUUCGAAACGUCUGAAUUCAAAUCUUUAAUUUCGAACUUCGAAGUUGCAGUUAACCUUUUCUACAAAAAGAUGAAUCUCGAAAUUUUUUUUUUUCCCGCUCUGUGAAAAAGUCACAAGAAAAAAAUUACCUUUACUCAAAAAAACUAUAAAAUUUUCUAAAAUAGCUCAUAUGAAACGGAAAUAAAGGCAAAUUUUUUAAUUAAUGGAAUUGCGUACAUAAUGAAUAAUAGAAAUGCUAGCAUAUAUGGAGGGUAAAAAUAAUUUUAGUCAAAGGGUUUAAUAAAAAUAAUAAAAGGUUUAAAAAUUUAUUUUAGAGGGUUAUAAUAAUUUAAAUCAAAAAGAAAAAAGAUGCAGAGAAGAAUUUUGAUUUUACGACUAAAAAUAAGUAUUUAAAAUUAAAAAAAUCCAUAACUUUGAAGGGAAUUGAUUUUUUACUGUAAGAAAAAAGCCCUUGCUUAUUCAGAAGUGCAUGAUUAUUACUCAAUCCAAGUUAUAAAAUUUUAACCAAUCCAGAAUUUCGAGGCUUUUUUUAAAUUAAAUUAAUCAUAUCAAUGAUUAACAAUAGGUAAAAAAAAAACCUAAAAAAAACCCCACUUAAAUGUAGAAUAAUUAUUGAUUAAUUUAAAGUUUAUCGCAACUAAAAGACUUUACAUAAAUAAUAGAGAAAAUCUAAAAUAAAUAAAUAAAAAAACAUGGCAAAACACACUAAGCCAGGUAUAUCAAAACAAACUAAUAAAAUAGUCAGAAUCCCAUGAUUUAUAAAUAUUUAAAAAGAUUUAGAUGGAAUCCCGUCUUGCUAAUUCAACUACGAUCGCAAAUGACGAUCUUUGAUUUAACAGGAUUUUUUAAGCUUCUUAUGCUUACAGACAGAGUUACCUGAAAUCGAAUGAUUUCCGUUAGAAAUAUACAGUUUUAUUACAUAGGAUAUUGAUUACUAGCAUUUAAAAAUAGAUGCUAUUCAGUUAUUAAUUUUUUUCCCAAUAGAUAUUCGGGACUGUUUGAUCAAGAGGAAUGAUGCAUCAUAUAGUUUUCUUCCGAAAACUAGAAUUGUCUUUGAUUAUAAUAAAAUUAUCUGACAAUAAAAUAUGUACAAACUGCAAAUAAAUACCCUAGCACUACUGAGAAUAUGCACUUUUUAUUUAUAUUCUCUAAAACAUGUAAAUAAUAUGCAAUUUGCGAUUGUAGUUAGUAAAUGUAUUUUCUAUAUGUGGAUAGAAUAAUUUUAAUAUAUAUUUUUUCUGAAAGAGGAUGAGUACAUCUAGUCAAAAGAUGCAAAGGCCUAAGCAGCCUUGUACUCUGUGUAAAUACAACUUUUUUCUACAUUUCUCCUGCGCGCAUUAUCUACUUAAUUAUAAAUGUAUCUUGUAAUUUUAGUGAGAUUGUAUUAUGAGAUGUUUAUAUGCAAAGUUGAAGGGAAUACUGAUAAUUCAUUAAUUAAUGAAAAGAUCAUUCCAUUAAUCUGUGUCAGAAAAAAAAUUAAUUAAUUUUCUAUACACCCAAAGUAGUAAUAUAUUCGAAUAAUUAAAUAAUAAAUGAAAAAGACUAUGAAUAUAUUAACAGUUUAAAUAAUUAAUGUCAUUGUCUCAAGACAAAUGCAAUUGCGCAUGUUAACCAAAACUAACUGAACACUGCGACGUACUUUACAAUGACCCUGAGCGUAUCAUCUAACAACUUGCGAUUUUCUCAUUUACAGUAAAAAAUGCAUUAAUUUUCAGUUAAAAAAAAAAUCCCUCUUCGUAAGGCUGUAUAACUAAAGUAUGGACUGUGGAACUUUGAAAGAAAAUUUUAAAGCCUACAUUAAAUCGCAUUUUAAGGCACAAUACUUUUUUCUACACAACCAACUAAGAUACUAACAUUAAAAAAAUUAAGUAAUAAAUAAAUAAAUGUAAUGAAAAUUAGCAAAAUACAUUAUUAAUUUAAGAGCAUCGAUAGAUUUAAAUUUUGCUGCCUCUAAAUUUGCUAAUGGACAUGAAUGCAAUUAAUGUAAAUAAAACACAUAAUUAAAUAGACGGGAAAAAAUAGCGAAAAUUAAUAAAACCUCUCCAAAAAACGUAAUUUAAAAUACAAUCUAAUGUUAAGAACUCGAAAUACAUUAUAAAAAAAAGUAAAAAAUAAAUUAGAAUUUCCUCAAUAAAAGAACUGUCCUUAAUGCUAAUAUUAACAAUUGCAAGAUGAAAAAUAAAUUUGAAAUCUGAAAUGGAAAGUACAUUUUAGGUAAAUCACAUGAAAAUAAAUUGAUUCCACAGUAAUGAGAAUAUUUUUAAUAUCAAGAAUACUAUCCAGAAUAUUAAAAUGCUAAAUAAUGAAUUUGUAGAAUUCCCUUCAACUACUUGUGACAAUGUAAUUUAAUCACAUGAAUAGUAUUCUAGUCACAGCAAUUUUUAGAAUACAGAAAAGUAAUAUAUUUAUUUCAUAUAAAUAUUUAUAAAAUGAUUGAAUUUUGUAUAGCACGAAUAUUUUACUAUAGUAAGUUAUUAUAUUUUAUAAAUCAAUGCAUAUGAAAAUAAUUUAUUGUAUAUUUAAUUUAAUAUAUGUGUAUAUGAUAGUAAGAAUUUGUACUUGGAAUGAGUUUCCUCAUUCUAAAAUUUUCAGCAGCUGUUAUUAUUUAUUAAAUUAUAACUUAUUAAAUUCUAUUCAACUCUUAUGCUGCGUUAUGUUGUUUCUUCAUUAAUAUUUCCAGUUAAUUUGAACAGGACCGUAACUAGACUUGGGAGGACUUGAGGCAACAGACGAUAUCUUUUCCUGCUGCAUUGUUUCCCACAACUUUAACCAUUUUUUUCCCUAAAAAUGUUUAUUUUUUUUAACAAUUUAAAGUAGCUUUACACAAUUUUAUAGAAUAAAUUUUUUUUUGAAAAA